AUGAAGCUUUUCGCCGCCAUCCUCCCAGCCGUCAUCCUUGCUCAGGACGAUUACGACUACGAAGAGCGAAAGAAGAAGACCCAGAACUACGGAGGAAACAACAACUACAACAACAACUACAACAACAACAACAACAACAACAACAACUACAAUGCCUACGGUGAUCCCCACUUCAUGGUCCACACCGAAGGCCAGGAGUCUGUCUGCUUCGACUACACCCCAUCUCCCGACACCGAGAUGAACCUCCUCAUCGAUCCUUCUUCCUCCCUCUCCGUCACCGCCCACGCCACCAAGGACGAGAACGAUGGAAAGACCCGAAUGACCACCAUCAACUUCUCCUCUCCCCAGGGUGCCCACCUCGCCUUCAACCUCGACGGUGUCCACCACUCUGGCAUCGGCGCCGCUGGCCCAACCGAGCCAGAUGCUCUCACCGGCGUCCAGACCUACGGUGACAUCAACUUCAUCGUCCACCACCACAACGAGAUGAACCACCAGUCCGUCAAGGUCUACAUCCAGAACGGCCCAACCUUCACCGUCAAGAUCUCCAACCACCACGGCGGUCUCAACUUCGCCGUCGAUGACCCAACCAGCAUCUCCGACUCUGCCCGAGGUCUCCUCGGUGGUUUCAUCCGACCCAACGCUUACCACGUCAUGCCCCUCAACACCAUGACCGACGAUGAUGAGCCAAUGGCCAACGUUGUCAUCAACAAGUUCGCCGUCUCCGCCACCAAGGGUGACUUCCACAAGACCGACAACUGCUGGAUCGUUGAUGACGAUGAAGUCGCUCACAUGCUCGCUAAUCUUUAA